CUCUCUUUCCUUUUAAGGCCUCGAGGAGAGGCAGGUGGGGGUCGGUCGGUGACGGGUGGUGGAUUUGUUGGCCUGGUACUUGGUUUGGGCUGUCUCCCUGUGGAUUCAGGCUGACAACCGAAGUCACUGCAAAGUUAAUCUCAAGAGGUGCCCGUCUACGUUGUCACCAUGUCAGUGUGGAUCCGACGUGGGAAUUACAACCACGAAUUCCAUCACAAAGACACCAAAUAUGUGGUUAAAGAAUACAGCAGCACUGAGGCGGGGGAGGAAAGAUAUGAGCACAAAACCCAGGUUCAAAUCCAAGAAGUGAUAAAGGCUAAGAGGUUGGACAAAUAUGUGCACGAGGAGCCGAUGAUGCGAGGACCAAAGUUCCUGGUCAGACUCAGGUCCCACACUGUGUUUGAGAACACUCCCGUCCAGCUGUUCUGCACCGUGGAGGGCUUCCCCAUGCCUGUUGUCAAAUGGUUUAAAGACGGUGUGAUCAUGGACAUGUCCUCUGGAAGGUGUAUGAUAAAAUCCAAAGGUGGAAUCCAUUCUCUGGAGAUUCCAAGAUGCUCAACUGAUGACACAGCUCAGUACACUGCAGUGGCUGGUAACAUCCACGGACAGGUCUCGACUCAGGCGUCCAUUGUUGUCAAGAGGUUCAGGCAGGAGGAUGAGACUUGUCCCUAUGCUUGGCUGCCUUUCACAGCUGCCAUGCUUCCCAAGAUCGACUACACUAAAAUCAACAUAACGUUUGUGGAGAAGUUUGGUCCCGUGUUUGCUUCUGAAGGAGGAUCUGCAACCCUGUCUGCUAGUAUGAUCCUGAAUCCCAACCUGGCCAACCUGCAGCCUGAAGCACAGUGGUACAGAGAUGAGACUCGCCUGUUUGACUCCAAAUGGGUCAAGAUUGAGACUGGCAGAGGAGUCACCACCUUGACUCUUCCAAACCUCUACAAAGAGGACGAAGGCCUCUACACACUGCGCAUGGUCACGAAAGGAGGCACCGCUGAACACAGCGCAUUCGUCUCUGUCGAAGAUGGGCCCCCCCCAGUCCCUAGUGCACCCGGAGCUCCUAUGGACAUCAAGAUCCACGAUGCCAAUAGAGAUUACGUCAUUGUGUCGUGGAAGCCUCCGAACACCACCACAGAGGGUCCAAUCCUGGGAUACUUUGUGGACAAAUGUGAGGUUGGCACUGAAAACUGGACCCAGUGCAACGACCACCCCAUAAAGAUCUGUAAAUACCCAGUGGCUGGGCUGUUUGAAGGCCACUCCUACUACUUCAGAGUCAGAGCCGUCAACGCCCGCGGAAUCAGCAAACCAUCACGCAUGUCUGAUCCCAUCGCCGCCCUGGACCCCACCGAGUUUGAGAGGCUUCAUGCCAAGAAACUAGGAGGAAGACUGGAUGUUGUGUCGUACCACGAUGAGGUGGAAGCUGAAGGAAAGCCCCCAGGUGCUCCGUCAGGACUUCACGCCUCAGAAGUAGACAGAACAUAUGUUGUCCUCAGCUGGAAAGCGCCGGCAUACUCCAGCACGGCUCCCAUGUGGUACUACAUCGAAAAGAGCAUGGCUGGCAGCGGUGCGUGGCAGCGCGUCAACACUCAGGUCCCCAUUCGAUCCCCGCGUUACGCCGUCUUCGACCUGGCGGAGGGCAAAGAAUACAGGUUCCGUGUUUUGUCUGCCAAUAUCUACGGAACCAGUGAGCCAUCAGAGCCCACAGGAACUAUCGAAACUCCACAACUCAAAGGUGUUCCAUCCGCUCCUGGUCAGGUCAUUUCCACGAGAGAAACCGACACGUCUGUCCUCAUCCAGUGGGCCCCGCCCAAGGAACCCAACAAUCUGAUCGGCUACUACAUCGACCAGUGUGUGAAAGGCUCCAAAGACUGGACCUCAGCCAAUCACAAGCCUCGUAAGAACACCAGGUUUGUGGUUAGUGGUCUGACCACAGGGGAAACCUACGUGUUCCGCGUACAGGCCAUCAACGAACUGGGUCUUAGUGACGAAUCUCAGGAGUCGGCACCUCUGACCGUCAAAGCAGCCCUCACCAACCCCUCUGCUCCGUAUGACAUCGCUCUGCUGCACUGUGACGGCCAUUCAAUGGUUUUGAACUGGAAGAAGCCCGUCAACUCUGGUGGAGCCACCAUCAAGGACUAUUAUGUGGACAAAAGACGCAGCGGCACGUCCAUGUGGAGGGAGGUUAAUAUCCCACCACUCUCUGAAAGACUUUACAAGGUGGAGGGUUUGACAGAGGGAGCAGUCUAUCAGUUCCAGGUAUAUGCAGCCAACCUGGCUGGCCUGGGGCCAGCUUCCACACAUUCAGAUGAUUUCACGUGUGAGGCCUGGAAUAUGCCAGAGCCUGGUCCUGCCUAUGACCUGACAGUGUGUGAAGUGAGAGACAGUUCUGUGGUACUUGAGUGGAAGAAGCCUGUCUAUACCGGCUCUGGGCCGAUCACUGGAUAUCAUGUAGAAUACGCUAAGAAGGGCACUUCUGACUGGACCACAGCCAACAACACGGCCGUCAGUCACCGCUUCCUCAAGGUAACGGGUCUGGAGGUGGGCGCUACCUACACAUUCAGAGUGCGUGCAGUCAAUGCUGCAGGAGUGGGCAUGGCCUCCAUGACCUCUGACCCCGUAACCGCCAAGUCUCUAGAAGGUUCCCAUGAAGUGUCCUGUGAGGUGGAUGCAAAGUCAGGUGACAUUGUUCUGUCAUUUGAGUCCUGCCAAAUAAACCAGGGCUCCCAGUUCAUCUGGAAGAAAGAUUAUAAAGAAAUCACAGACUUCUCCAAAGGAGUUGUGGUCAAGACUGAAGGCAACCAUUCUAAGCUGGUCUUCCAGAACGCAGCUCAAGAGGACUUUGGCACCUACUCUGUGUCCGUUACCAACACACAAGGAGUCUCAUCCAGCUAUACCAUCUCUGCUGAAGAGUUGACAAAACUGCUGGCGCUCAGCUAUGAUAUCAGACACCCAAUCAUCCCUCUCAAGUCAGAGCUGGCUUACAAGAUUUUGGAGAGAGGCAGAAUGAGGUUCUGGCUUCAGGCUGAAGAGAUUUCCCCCAAAGUCACCUACAAAUUCUUCGCAAACAACAAGGAACUGUCUGGAGCUGAUCCCAACAAGAUGGGUCAUGACGUCUCGACGGGCAUCAUUGAGUUCAUCAUGGACCAUUUCACAGAGGAGAACGAGGGGACGUUUACCUGCCAGAUCACAGACGGAGGCGGAAAGGGACAGAGCUCGCUGGUUCUGAUUGGAAAGGCUUUCAAGGAAGCGCUGGCUGAGGCCGAGUACCAGAGGAGAGAGUACAUCAGAGUCAAGGAGGGUCCCCACUUCAGUGAGUUCCUGUCACUUCACAUUGGAGACGACUGUUCUGUCACUCUGAUCUGCAAGGUUGCUAACUUGAAGAAGGAAUCACAAUUCCACUGGUACAGAGAGGACACAGAGAUCAUCCCUGAUGUGAAGCCUGACCUUGGAUCAGGAGUGUGCAAACUUCCAAUUAAACAGUUUUCACUGAAGACGUCAGGAAUUUAUAAGGCGACGAUCAGUGACGACAGAGGAAAAGAUAUGAGCCAAAUUGACAUCUCUGGAAAAGUUUUUGACGAUGCCAUAAACAAGAUCAGUCAGAUAGCUGGGGCCAGUGCAGCACAGCUGGUGAUCAACUGCACAGCAACAGGUAUUCAGCUGCAGUGUCACAUGAAGUAUUACACCUCAGAGAUGAACAUCAGCUGGUACCACGGUGAGACUAAACUCUCCCACAGUGACAAGAUUGUGAUUGGAGGAACCCCUGCUAUGGCAACAAUGGAGGUGAUCGAACCAGUGGAGAAGGACAAAGGAAGUUACUCCAUCGUAAUCACCGACCCUGAAACCUCACAUAAACGCACGCUGGACCUCAGCGGUGAUGUGUAUGACAAGGCCUUCGCCGAGUUCCAGAAACUCAAGGCUGAAGCCUACGCUGAAAAGAAUCGCGGCAAGGUUGUGGGAGGACUGCCUGAUGUGGUCACCAUCAUGGAGAAGAAGACCCUGAGCUUAACGUGUACAGUGUGUGGGGAUCCCAAGCCUCAGGUGUCAUGGCUGAAGAACAGCACGGAGGUCGAACCCGACGAUCAGUACGUGGUCUCCCUGGACCAGGGCAAGUUUGCCAGUCUGACGAUUAAAGGCGUUUCCAUGGAGGAUUCUGGCAGAUACACCAUGAUCGUCCAGAACAAAUACGGAGGGGAGUCUGUGGAUAUAGUGGUGAGUGUUUACCGCCACGGAGAGAAAAUCCCUGAGGCAAAACCAACUUUGACUCCAAAAACAAUCAUCCCUCCAAAACUCCCCAUCGAGCUCCCUCAGCCCAAGACCCAGCCUGCUCCCAGCCCAGCUCCCAGCCCCGCCCCUCCCAAGACCCCACUGGGAAGAGGCAUAAAGAGCCCAACUCCUAGUCGGAGGAAGUAGAAAGCAUGAGCAUCACAUAGGAGGAGGAAACCAAUUCACACACUGGUGCACAUGUAGACCACCCAGGCUUUUAAUAAGAUUAUGUAUCUGGAGAAAUAUUGAAAUCAUUAAAUGAAAUGGAGCUACUGCACUUGGCCUUAAGUGGAAGAGUCAAGAAAACCCUGAUACAGUAGCUGAAAUAAUGUUUAAAAAAAUUAACUGACAGCACGACAACUGUAUGAAAAUGAAAAAAAAAAAACCUAAAACUAAUAAACAUAAGUGCUUAUCAGAACAUGACUAAAUUAGAGAUGAUUUUAAUUGAAAAUAACUAAGUUGAAACUUGAAUAAAGCUGAAAUUCAAAUAAA